GCGACCACUUGGGAGGCGGUUGCUGCGCCCGGUACAGGGUUCGCUGCUUGGGGCGCAGGCGCCGUGGACUCAGCCCGCCUCGGGCCCCGGCUCGCAGUGGGCUCGUCAUGGCGACCAAGCAGAGGCCUUUCCACCUGGUGGUGUUCGGCGCCUCUGGCUUCACCGGCCAGUUCGUGACGGAGGAGGUGGCCCGAGAGCAGGCGGACCCGCAGGGGAGUUCCCGCCUGCCCUGGGCCGUGGCGGGCCGGUCCCGGGAGAAGCUGCAGCAAGUGCUGGAGAGGGCGGCCGAGAAGCUGGGAAGACCAACACUACCAUCUGAAGUUGGAAUCAUAAUUUGUGAUAUCAGUAAUCCAGCCUCACUUGAUGAAAUGGCCAAACAGGCAACAGUUGUCCUCAACUGUGUAGGACCAUAUCGAUUUUAUGGAGAACCAGUAGUAAAAGCAUGUAUUGAAAAUGGAACUAGCUGUAUUGACAUCUCUGGAGAACCUCAGUUUCUGGAACUAAUGUAUUGGAAGUAUCAUGAGAAAGCUGCAGAAAAGGGGGUUUAUAUCAUUGGAAGCAGUGGCUUUGACUCCAUUCCGGCAGAUAUGGGAGUAAUAUAUACCCGCAAUAAAAUGAAUGGUACUUUGACUUCGGUGGAAAGUUUCCUGACUAUACAAUCAGGACCCGAGGGGUUGUGCAUUCAUGAUGGUACCUGGAAGUCAGCAGUUUAUGGUUUGGGAAAUCAGAGUCACUUGAAAAAACUACGAAAGGAGGCAAAUCUGAAACCUGUCCCAAUUGUUGGUCCAAAAUUAAAAAGAAGGUGGCCAGGCUCUUACUGCAAAGAACUCAACAGUUAUUCCAUUCCUUUCUUGGGAGCAGAUGUGUCUGUUGUGAAGCGAACUCAGCGUUACUUGCAUGAAAAUUUAGAGCAAUCACCUGUUCAAUAUGCUGCUUAUGUAACUGUGGGAGGCAUCACCUCUGUUAUUAAGCUAAUGUUUGCAGGACUUUUCUUCUUAUUCUUUGUGAAGUUUGGCAUUGGCAGGCAACUUCUCAUAAAAUUCCCGUGGCUCUUCUCCUUUGGUUAUUUUUCUAAACAAGGUCCAACACAAAAACAGAUGGAUGCCACAUCAUUUACAAUGACAUUCUUUGGUCAAGGAUACAGCCAAGGCUUUGAUCCUGAUAACAACAAACCCAAUAUCAGAAUUUGUACUCAGGUGAAAGGACCAGAGGCUGGCUAUGUAGCUACCCCCAUAGCCAUGGUCCAGGCAGCCCUGACCCUUCUAAAUGAUGCCUCUGAUCUUCCUAAGGCGGGCGGGGUCUUCACACCUGGAGCAGCUUUCUCCAGAACAAAGUUGAUUGACAGACUCAACAAACGUGGCAUUGAAUUUAGUGUCAUUAGCAGCUCUGAAGUCUAAACAUUUGAAGAAUUAACCAAAGUCAUAAAAUGCAUGAAUUAACAGCUUUUUUAUUUGAUAUUUGAAAUUCUUCUGUAAGCCUGUCUGACUAUGUGGAUAAGAUGUGUACAUAUUAAAAGCAGGAAAUUAUACUAACUUACCCUAAAUUUCAAAUCUUAGCUGAUUUUGUGAUUUUAUUGCUUGUGAGAGAGAACUAAUAUUUGACUGACUUUUUCACUGAAGAAUUCAUGGUCAAUUUAUAAGUGAGCUGGCAGAUCACAGGGUGGGGUGGUGUCUCUUUCUGUGUUGCUAACAGAUUCUUUGAUGAGGUGCCCAGGCUGGUCAAGUCCUCACUACUGAUUUCCUUGCUAUGAUACUGAGUGGAUCUUACUUUCCAGUGAGUUUCUCUACCUUUGUGUGGGCCUUUGCCAAAUGAAGCUGCACUUUUUGUUUUUUUAGUUUAGUUUUUCACCCAUCCACACUGAUUGAUUUUGGACUUAUCUAAGUUGAAUAAUAAAGGAUUGUCAAUUGAA